AUGAAUUAUUUAACAUAUUUUAAUGAAAUUAAUAUACUUAUACCACUAGGUACUUGAAUAUCUAUUGGUGAUUUAGAUGUUAAUUUUGGUAUUUUACUUGAUAGUUUAUCAAUGGUUGUUAUUGUACCUGUUGGUAUUGUAACAUUAUUAGUAUUAUUUUAUGCUAUUGAUUAUAUGAAAGAUGAUCCUAAUCGUAAUAGAUUCUUAAUGAUUUUAAGUGUUUUUGCUAUAUUUAUGACUAUUUUAGUUAUAAGUGAAAAUUAUUUAAUGAUGUUCAUUGGUUGAGAAUUCGUUGGUAUUAUUUCAUAUUUAUUAAUAUCAUUCUGAAGUACUCGUAUUGCAGCUAAUAAAAAUGCUUUAUCCGCUGUAUUAUUAAAUCGUAUGGGAGAUACUUUCUUUGUUAUCUGUUUAGGUACAAUGAUUACAGUAUUCCAUGCAUUAGAUUUUGAUACUAUAUCAUUAAUGACUCCACAUAUAGAUACAUAUAUAUUAAAUAUAUUAGCAUUAUUACUAUUAUUGGCAUCAACUGCCAAAAGUGCUCAAUUAGGAUUACAUGCUUGAUUAUUAGGAGCCAUGGAGGGACCUACACCUGUUAGUUCUUUAUUACAUGCAGCUACAAUGGUUUGUAGUGGAGUUUUUGUAUUAGUUAGAUCAUCAUUUAUUUUAGAAUAUACACCAUCAAUAUUAUUAACAAUAUUAUGAUUAGGUGGUGUUACAACAUUAAUAAGUGGUUUAAUAGCUAUUACAUCAAAUGAUAUAAAAAGAGUUAUAGCAUUGUCAACAAUGAGUCAAUUGGCAAUGAUGAUGUUAGCUAUAGGAUCUAGUGCUUACGAUUUAGCUAUUUAUCAUUUAUAUUGUCAUGCAUUUUUUAAAGCAUUAUUAUUUAUGUCUGCUGGUUCAAUUAUACAUAGUUAUAUUUCUGAAUCACAAGAUAUACGUAAAUAUGGAGGUUUAUUAACAUAUACACCAUAUAGUUAUACAACAAUGUUAAUAGCAUCAUUAUCAUUAAUGGCUAUACCUGGUUUAUCAGGUUAUUAUUCAAAAGAUAUUAUCAUCGAAACAUUAUAUGGUUCAUAUAAUAUUAGUGGUUAUAUAAUGUUUUAUAUAGCUACAGCAUCAGCUUCAUUAACAGCUAUUUAUAGUUUAAGAGUAUCAUAUUUAACAUUUAAUAAUAUACCAAAUGGUUCACGUUAUACAUAUUCACAAGUUCAUGAAAGUUUAUGAAUGGCAAUACCUAUGUUUAUAUUAAGUAUUUAUAGUAUAUAUUUAGGUUUUGGACGUGAUAGUGUUGUAUUUGAUUUAAAUAUGAGUUUACCUCAUACUAAUGCUUGAAUAGAAACUGAAUAUACAUUACCAGCUAUUGUUAAAUUAUUACCAUUAAUAUUAGGUUUAUCAUUAUCUAUUAGUUUAGUUAUUGUUUAUGAAUAUUAUUAUAAAAUAUUUACUAAUAGUACAUAUAAUUAUUUAAAUAGUAGAAUUUAUUAUGAUCAAUUAUUAAAUAAUUUAAUUAUUAGACCUACUUUAAAAUUAGGUGGUUUAUUAAAUACUAAUGUUGAUAAUGGUUUAUUAAAAGUUCUUGGUAAUACAGGUGCAUCUAGAUUAUUAAAUUCUAUAAAUAUAUUAAUAAUUAUUAAUAUUAUUUACAUAUUCAUUGUUAAUACUUAUUAUUUUAUAAGAUAA